AUGUACGAUACUGCAAUGUAUGUUGUCAGUAGAACAGAAAGUCUAAUUUCUGAAGAGACUGAAAGUAACGGCUUCAAAGUUAGUAGUCAAAAAAAUAAUGAAAUAGUACCAAUGGAACUCAAUAGGACCGAAGUGAGAAAAUUUUAUAGAAACAUAAACAAGGGCAAACAGGUUGUAAGAAAUACAAAAAAAAAGGAAUAUAGACAAAAAGGGUUAUGUUUCAAAUGUGGACAAAAGGGCUAUAUAGCAAAAAUGUGCCUUAGCAAACAAACCUCAAACCCCAGAACCUCUUCAAGCACAAAUGCUAAUGCUGAGCAAGCGAACUUGAUAGAAAAAGAAGUUAGUGUUUGUAGUGAAAAGAAAGAAAAACUUCUACAGGUAAAAGGAAAGAUUGGCAAAAAGGAUGCCUUAAUCCUGAUAGAUUCCGGUACCUUCAAGGAUUUCAUUAAUGCCCAAUUUGUAGAAACACAUCAAUUAAUGAUCAACAAAAGUAUAGAAGAAAAGUCGAUGAAGAAAUAUAGGAAUAGAAUAGAAGUCUUGUCAUUACAAAAGUACGAUGCAAUAUUAGGAAAGCCAUAG